GUCGCUUUUUUUUUCCUCCCCUCACAAGCAGUCGCAGAGAGGAAGUUCGCGUGUAUGCAGAGGAAACAAGUCGGGGACGUCCACGUCAGGCAACUCACUUUCACGUUACAGUACCAGUCAUUUCAUGGAGGUUAGAACGAGUUGUUAAAGUGAAGAGUUCGCAAUUGGAGAGGUAACUUUGGAUUGUGCUCGUCUUUGGAAGCUGACAAAACUGCAAAGGAAAAUCCACGAGUGACACUUUUACAGUGAAGAUGUCAGAUAUUGGCGAUUGGUUUAAGAGCAUCCCGUUCAUCACUCGAUACUGGUUUGCUGGGUCAAUUAUUGUUCCUCUGAUUGGAAAACUUGGACUAAUCAGUCCGGUGAAUCUGGUAUUAUGGCCGGAUAACUUUCUUUACAAAUUUCAGAUCUGGCGGCCAAUCUCAUCAACACUGUACUUUCCAGUAGGCCCUGGAACAGGAUUUCUUUAUUUGGUUAAUCUCUAUUUCCUUUAUCAGUACUCUUCGAGAUUAGAAACAGGUGCUUUUGAUGGACGGCCAGCGGACUACAUGUUCAUGUUGCUCUUCAACUGGAUUUGCAUAGUCAUCACUGGUAUAAUAAUGGAUAUGCAGCUGUUGAUGAUCCCCCUUAUCAUGUCGGUCCUGUAUGUGUGGGCUCAACUGAACAGAGAUAUGGUUGUAUCAUUUUGGUUUGGCACUAGAUUUAAGGCCUGCUACUUACCUUGGGUAAUUCUUGGGUUCAACUACAUUAUUGGAGGAUCAAUUGUGAAUGAACUGAUUGGAAAUCUUGUUGGCCAUUUGUACUUCUUUUUGAUGUACAAGUACCCUAUGGAUCUGGGAGGCAGAGUGCUUUUAUCAACUCCACAGUUUCUGUAUCGUUUCUUUCCCAGCCGGCGGGGUGGAGUGUCUGGUUUUGGAGCACCUCCACCUAGCAGGAGACCAGCAGGCAAUGAGCAGGAUGCAGCUCGAGGAGGAUUCAGACAUAACUGGGGUCAGGGACAUCGACUAGGAGAUGAAUGAAGGUUUUUUUUUUUUUUUCCAUCGUAUGAGCAAGGACUUUAUACAAAAGAAAAAAACAAAAAAAAGUACUCUGUAAAUUGAUUUUUCUUUUUUUUUUUUGUCCCCCUCAGAAGGUGAGGUUUUGUGCAGGGGUUCUAUCUAGUGUCCACGUGAGGACUGUGAAGUAUUGAUAAUGAAAUAAUGAAAAUCUAGCUGCAAAUUUUGAAGCACAUUUUCUUGAUGCUGUCGAUUUGUACAGAUAAAAAUCUUAAAAUGAUAUUAUUAUUUAGACAGCCAAAUGUUGUAAUAAAAGUGCAGAAACAAAAAGGUUUCCUCAUAGGUGACUUCUGGUACGUCAACAUCUUUUUUUUUUUUUCCCUCUUUCUGUGAGCAUGCAUUUUUUUUAAGCUUAAAGACAAAAAAUUUGCAAUUACAUUUUACUGAUGUAAAGUUGGUUUACUCCCAUCUUGCAAAAAUCUUGUCUUAAAUAAGUAAUUCCACCCAAAAGUGCUAUAUUUUUAUAUAUUACUUUACUCCAUGGAGUUUGUAGUGAUGUCUAAUAUAAGGUUUUACUCACAUAAUUUUAAUGCAGAUGAUCACAUUUCUUAUACCAUAUAAAUGAAUGGUGACCAAAGUCAGACAAUAGCAAAACGUCUCAAAAUGUCCAUGGGAGGAAAAGAAAAAAAAAAAAAAAUUGCACGUUAUUUGUGUCUCAAGCACUUUGUCGUGAUCUGCUUUUGGGUCUCGGGGAUGAUGCCGGUGGGUCUUGAGUUGCUGUUGUUUAUAAUGUCAGUGUGUCGUGAGUGGGUUACGACGGGUCACUUCUCCCACGAUUGCGCUCAGAGCACUUUGCCUUGUCAAGCUCCAUUUAAGGCUCGAUUUCCCUCAAAGGGGAGCCACUCGGACGAUCAGGCUUAAGUCCCUAAGGAGGACCCUGCGAAAGACACUUAACAUGGGAAAUAGUGGGUUGUGACGCUGGCAUAAUCCAUAUGUGAAGCAGUCCUGGGCUAAACAGAUGUAUUUUUACUACAAUAUUGUUAAAAAUUGGCAUAUACUGUCAUGAACUAAACUGGAUUACGUUUAGACACACCCGAGCAUUGAAAGUGUAGACUUGCCUACCGUUGUUACAUUUCAAUUCAUAUCUACAGUUGGAGUAUCUUGCCAUUAUUUAGCAUCGGUCUGUGAAACUCGUACUUGUGCAUAUCCGAGAUGAUUCAGCAAGCAGAGGCAGAUUCUCUUCCUGAUAAUACACUGAGGUUCACUCAAAAGAGGCCUCGAAUGUUCUGUAAUAACUCAUUAGGAUGAAGAAAACUGAACGAAAACAACUUGCAAUGUGCUCCGCAGUAUAUGGACCUUUGAACAAGCCGGGAUGCCCCUGCGUCGGAGCGAUGAGGUAGGUGCCGGACAACUGUCGCGACAUCCGUUUGCAACUUCAGGAUGCAUGUCACUCGUACCCCUUCACUUAGUCACUCGACUUCUUAUCAGGAUGGUGGUGUAGAGUAUGCAGCAACGUGUCUUCAUGGUGCAAAUUUGUUGGAUCACCAAUUCAUUUAAGCGAUGUCAGAAUCGACAGGGUGAUCGUGAGUUAACGGAAGGUGACUUCCAGCAAGUUGGAGCAACGUGUCGCACAUUGGCAAGGAGCAUGGCAGAAAUCGAGUCCUCCUUUGGCAACAUGGCCAUUUCAAAGGGGACUUUGCCCACUACGGUCGGCGGAUCUGACGCCACCAGACGUCUUCCUUUGGGGUCUGCUCAAAGGAAAAGUCCACCGGAACAAGCUUCGCUUGGAAAACAUCCAACGUGAAAUUGCUGCUAUUCCACCCCGAUAGGCUUGGUGAUAUGUUCAGGAACAUGGACCGCCGCAUCAAAAUGUGUCUGGCGGAAAAUGGAAACCACUUCCAGCAUAGCAUACCAUGCCAUCGAUUCAUAUACGUCAAGGUGUGGAGCGUAUUUUGUUGGUUCAGAUUGCUUCAACCUAACGGGAGUUGCAACAGAAUAUUUGGGGCCUCUUUCGAGUGAAUCACCCUGUAUUUUUCACUCACUUUUCUUUAACUUUUAAGUUUUAGUUGCACUCUCCUCUCCUGUGAAAUGCAGUGUUAGCCAAUGACUAAACUGUUACUGGGCUGGACUCCUGACCAAUGAAUGAGGCGGAUCUACAAUGCAAGGCUAGUUUGUGUCUUCGCAUCUUCUGGUUUAGUUCACGAGAGAAGUGACUUGUUUAGCGGUAUUUUAGUGAGAAUACACGUGUUCUGUGAGCAAACGACGGGAUGACUUGACGUGUGGGUUGUGCAACUCAAGUAACGCGCGAGGUUUUCACGGGCAUUUUGAUACCAUUGACUGUUGGUCACCAUAUACGCCAAUUCUAUCGGAAACGUUCUCUCCGUUCCACGUGAAAACAUGAGAUCGAAUGUUUCUUGUAAAUAACUACAAACUAAAUAGUGUAAGUAACAUAGCAAAGUAUCAUUUUUGAGUUGAGUUUUCGUUUAAUGCUUUUUUUUUUAACAUGGAAGAACGUCUGAGAUUGAACGAUUCAAAAUCAAAAGUGCAACUUAAGCAUCGCCAAGAUGGGAAUGUAAUCUUCCAGAGUUUCUGCCGUUGCGAGGGACGUUGUUGUUUCUUCUUCUUCUUCUUUUUUGUUUUCUGUUCCUAACCAAAGGUGUCUUAUAAUGUAGAACUGAUGAUGCCUGUUGUUAAUAUAAGCAGAAGUCCCUGUAGAUUGGAAUAAUGUUGUAGUGCAAUAUUCUGUUUAUAUGUGUGAUCGGAAUCAUUCAUUAGUUUAAUUCAUUUUUGAAAUUGCCUGUCCUGUCUGAUUGUGGUGUCACAUUUUUGGCUUAAACACUUGCCAUGAAACAAAUUGGUUUUGAUAACAGAUAUGUUAACAGUUUAUAUUCUGCAGAUUAUUUCUGUCAUUUAAUAUUUUUACAGCACUGGCACCUCGCAGCCCAGCAUUGGAUAAGCAGGUUAGAGAAUAAAUGAACGAAUGAACGGACAGAUUUAUUACACGUGUCCCUCUCCUGUGCUAGACAUACUGUAUUUGUAGAGCUUUUUGGAUUCUCAGCCUGCAUAAAACACACAACUUGAUUUGUUUUUUUUUUUUUCAUAAUAAAAUGAAUCAUUUUCUACAAAUGACGUCUGUUAUACGCCCAUAACUUUGGCAGUGUGUGCAGAUUUAGUUGCACUUCUGUGCCCUCUUACUUUAUUUUCAAGCGAAUAUUUGCCAUUUGGCCGUGUGUGCUUCAUUUAUUUA